AUGUCUCAACCAGCGCCCGCCAGCAACGUGCCCGACUCCUUGCUCGAUAGGCUGAGGCAGUCGUCGCACCCGGUGGCGAUUAUUUUUUACAUCUUCUUUCGGCUCGCUCCGCUAUUCCUUUAUUUAUUCGGCUCGCUGGUAAUCGCCGACUUCUCGCUGGUGUUCAUCCUUGUAGCCAUUCUCCUCGCCCUCGACUUCUGGACAGUCAAAAAUGUGUCUGGUAGACUAAUGGUAGGCCUCAGGUGGUGGAACGAAACCUCAGAGGACGGCACUUCUACCUGGGUGUAUGAGACUGCCAGCCCAGACAGGUACAUCAAUCCAAUUGACUCUAAAUGUUUCUGGCUGCUAAUGUACGCCGUGCCAGGUGCAUGGGCUGUUCUGGGUCUGGUUGCAGUGCUCAAGUUUGAGCUUAUCUGGCUGCUGGGUGUCAUCUACGCCCUUGUUCUUAUGGGCACUAACACGUUGGCAUACAACCGAAGUGAUAAGUUUGCCAAGGCAAAUACCUCUUCUUCGAAUAUCGUAGGUCGCCUCUUUUCGGGAGUCACCCAGAUUUGGGGACAGAACACCGCCACGUCCAUGGCCUCGCGUUUCUGGAGUAGUUGA